AUGAAACAGGAGAUUGGAGGUGCCAUGCCAGGUAGUAGCAUUCAGGCCAAAUUGUGCCAGGUCUGCAACGACAAUGCUUCGGGCUUUCAUUACGGUGUUUGGUCCUGUGAAGGAUGUAAAGCUUUUUUCAAAAGAAGUAUACAAGGUCCUGUUGAUUAUAUCUGCCCAGCGACUAACACAUGUACUAUAGACAAACACAGACGCAAGAGUUGCCAGGCAUGCCGAUUACGCAGAUGCUAUGAAGUUGGAAUGAACAAAGGAAGUCAAAGAAAAGAGAGGAAAAACAGUGGUGCCACAAGUGGGUUAAAGGGCAAAAGGUGUCGAGCGGAUUCGUCAGACUCUGCUAUAAACUCCACCAAUAAUGGAGCCUCAUCUUCCAAGGCUGCAAAGAGGUCCAGAAGUGCAUCUAUACUUGAAGCCCUACAGAAAGCCGACCUUCCAGUGCUGGAGAGCUACCACAACCACAGUCUGCCAGCAACCAGAGUACACCUUCUCAACACACUGAUCAAACUAGCAGACAGGGAGCUGGUCUAUUUAAUCAACUGGGCCAAACAUGUGCCAGGCUAUACCUGUCUGACACUGAGUGACCAAGUCCAUCUCAUUGAGUGUUGCUGGAUGGAAUUACUUCUUCUUAAUUGUGCUUUCCGAUCCAUGGAGUACGAGGGACGUACGCUAGUGUUUGCCCCAGACUUUCAUUUAGAAAGGCAGCAGUGGGGACUUACAGGAAUGGGUGAUGUUCUUGAACAAGUGUCUGCUGUGUCUGAACAAAUGGUCUUACACGGUCUCAACAAGGAGGAACUGCUGCUUUUGCAAGCCACUGUUUUGGUUAAUGCAGAGGUUCGCCGAUUGGACAGUUUUGUGAAGAUUCAAGAGAUGAGGCAAGUGAUAUUGGAUGUGUUCAUGGAGGUUGCUGGUCGGCACCAGGGUUAUGGAAAUUUGAGGCACGCACCAUCAAUACUACUGCUGCUGACACACGUUCGCCAGGCCGGGGAGCGGGGCAUCACCUACUUCCAGCGGCUGAAGAUGGAGGGCUCUGUCACAUUCUGUGAUCUGCUGACAGAAAUGCUCGAUGCGCACAAUUCCUCCUGUGAGCGCCGGCGGCUGCAGCAACAGCAGCAGCACCACCACCAGCAGCAUCCUUCACAGACACCGCACCAGCAACAACAGCAUCUGUCUCAACACCAGUCCAGCCAUCAUUCGCACCAGCAACAGCACUCAAUGGCCCCAGAAUGA